CUCUCGGUCCCUGAGAUGCGGGGUCUGCCGAGAGGCCGGGGGCUGAUGCGGGCCCGGGGCCGGGGCCGUGCGGCCCCGCCGAGCAGCCGGGGCCGCGGGAGGGGGGGCGCCCACAGAGGGAGAGGUAGGCCCCGGAGCCUGCUCUCUCUUCCCAGGGCCCAGGCGUCUUGGGCCCCCCAACUUCCUACCGGGCUGACCAGCCCUCCUCUCCCUGGUGUCGCCUCUCAGGGGGAGGGCCCCGCUGAGAUGGGGGCUCUGGUGCUGGACAAGGAGCCCCGAGGAGCCGUCGAGCGAGUUCACGGCUCUUUUGGGGACACCCCUCGUAGUGAGGAGACCCUGCCCAAGGCCAACCCCGACUCCCUGGAGCCUGCUGGCCCCUCAUCCCCAGCCUCUGUCACCGUGACUGUUGGCGACGAGGGCGCCGACACCCCUGUAGGAGCCACACCACUCAUUGGGGAUGAACCUGAGAAUCUUGAGGGCGAUGGGGACCUCCAAGGGGGGCGCGUCCUGCUGGGCCAUGCCACAAAGUCAUUCCCCUCUUCCCCCAGCAAAGGGGGUGCCUGUCCCAGCCGCGCCAAGAUGUCAAUGACGGGGGCGGGGAAGUCACCCCCCUCGGUCCAGAGUUUGGCGAUGAGGCUGCUGAGUAUGCCUGGGGCCCAGGGGGCAGCGGCAGGGCCUGAACCCCCUCCAGCUACAACCAGCCCAGAGGGGCAGCCCAAGGUCCACCGAGCCAGGAAAACCAUGUCCAAGCCGGGCAAUGGACAGCCCCCAGUCCCCGAGAAGCGGCCCCCCGAAGUACAGCAUUUCCGCAUGAGUGACGACGUGCACCCCCUGGGGAAGGUGGCCUCAGAUGUGGCCAAAAGGAGGAAGCUGAACUCUGGAGGCGGCCUGUUGGAGGAGUUGGGUUCUGCCCGGGGCUCAGGAGAGAUGACCCUGGAGAAGGCGAAUGCGGGCCCCCUGGAGGAGUGGGAGACGGUGGUGGGGGAUGACUUCAGCCUCUACUAUGACUCCUACUCUGUGGACGAGCGUGUGGACUCGGACAGCAAGCCCCACUUUGCCCUGGUCCAGUCUGAGGUUGAAGCACUGGCUGAACAACUGAGUGAGGAGGAGGAGGAAGAGGAGGAGGAAGAAGAGGAGGAGGAGGAGGAGGAAGAGGAGGACGAGGAGUCUGGCAAUCAGUCUGACAAGAGCGGUUCCAGCGGCCGGAGAAAAGCCAAAAAGAAAUGGCGGAAGGACAGCCCCUGGGUGAAGCCGUCCCGGAAACGGCGGAAGCGGGAGCCUCCACGGGCCAAGGAGCCACGAGGAGUGAAUGGUGUGGGCUCCUCAGGCCCCAGUGAGUACAUGGAGGUCCCUCUGGGGUCCCUGGAGCUGCCCAGCGAGGGGACCCUCUCCCCCAACCACGCUGGGGUGUCCAACGAUACUUCUUCCCUGGAGACGGAGCGCGGGCUGGAGGAGCUGCCCCUGUGCAGCUGCCGCAUGGAGGCGCCCAAGAUCGACCGCAUCAGCGAAAGAGCGGGGCACAAGUGCAUGGCCACGGAGAGCGUGGACGGAGAGCUGUCGGGCUGCAACGCUGCCAUCCUCAAGCGGGAGACCAUGAGGCCCUCGAGCCGCGUGGCCCUGAUGGUGCUCUGCGAGGCGCACCGGGCCCGCAUGGUCAAGCACCACUGCUGUCCGGGCUGCGGCUACUUCUGUACAGUGGGCACCUUCCUGGAGUGCCACCCCGACUUCCGUGUGGCCCAUCGCUUCCACAAGGCCUGUGUGUCCCAGAUGAACGGCAUGGUCUUCUGUCCCCACUGUGGGGAGGAUGCGUCCGAGGCCCAGGAGGUGACCAUCCCCCGGGGGGACGGAGUGACACCACCAGCUGGCACUGCAGCCCCUGCGCCCCCACCCCUGGCCCAGGAUGCCCCUGGGAGAGCGGAUACCUCCCAGCCCAGCGCCCGGAUGCGCGGGCAGGGCGAGCCGCGGCGUACACCCUGCGACCCCGUGGCUGACACCAUCGACAGCUCGGGGCCCUCCCUGACCCUGCCCAGUGGGGGCUGCCUCUCGGCCGUGGGGCUGCCACCUGGGCCAGGCCGGGAGGCCCUGGAAAAGGCCCUGGUCGUCCAGGAGUCCGAGCGGCGGAAGAAACUCCGCUUCCACCCCCGGCAGCUGUACCUGUCCGUGAAGCAGGGGGAGCUGCAGAAGGUCGUCCUGAUGCUGUUGGACAACCUGGACCCCAACUUCCAGAGCGACCAGCAGAGCAAGCGCACACCCCUGCACGCGGCCGCCCAGAAGGGCUCCGUGGAGAUCUGCCACGUGCUGCUGCAGGCUGGAGCCAACAUCAACGCUGUGGACAAGCAGCAGCGGACGCCGCUGAUGGAGGCCGUGGUGAACAACCACCUGGAGGCGGCCCGCUACAUGGUGCAGCGCGGCGGGUGUGUCUACAGCAAGGAGGAGGACGGCUCCACCUGCCUCCACCACGCAGCCAAAAUCGGGAACUUGGAGAUGGUCAGCCUGCUGCUCAGCACAGGACAGGUGGACGUCAAUGCCCAGGACAGUGGGGGGUGGACGCCCAUCAUCUGGGCCGCAGAGCACAAGCACAUUGAGGUGAUCCGCAUGCUGCUCACGCGCGGCGCCGACGUCACCCUCACAGACAACGAGGAGAACAUCUGCCUGCACUGGGCCUCCUUCACCGGCAGUGCCGCCAUCGCCGAGGUCCUCCUGAACGCCCGCUGCGACCUGCACGCCGUCAACUACCACGGGGACACGCCCCUGCACAUCGCAGCCCGGGAGAGCUACCACGACUGUGUGCUGCUGUUCCUGUCGCGUGGAGCGAACCCCGAGCUGCGCAACAAGGAGGGGGACACUGCGUGGGACCUGACCCCCGAGCGCUCGGACGUGUGGUUUGCGCUCCAGCUCAACCGCAAGCUGCGGCUCGGCGUGGGCAACCGGGCCGUCCGCACUGAGAAGAUCAUCUGCCGGGACGUGGCUCGGGGCUAUGAGAACGUGCCCAUUCCCUGCGUCAACGGUGUAGACGGGGAGCCGUGCCCCGAGGAUUACAAGUACAUCUCGGAGAACUGCGAGACUUCCACCAUGAACAUUGACCGCAACAUCACCCACCUGCAGCACUGCACCUGUGUGGACGACUGCUCCAGCUCCAACUGCCUGUGCGGCCAGCUCAGCAUUCGCUGCUGGUAUGACAAGGAUGGGCGGCUGCUCCAGGAAUUUAACAAGAUCGAGCCCCCGCUGAUCUUCGAGUGUAACCAGGCCUGCUCCUGCUGGAGAAACUGCAAGAACCGGGUGGUGCAGAGCGGCAUCAAGGUUCGACUGCAGCUCUACCGAACAGCCAAGAUGGGCUGGGGGGUCCGCGCCCUGCACACCAUCCCCCAAGGAACCUUCAUCUGCGAGUACGUUGGGGAGCUGAUCUCCGAUGCCGAGGCUGACGUCCGAGAGGAUGAUUCUUAUCUCUUCGACUUGGACAACAAGGAUGGAGAAGUGUACUGCAUCGAUGCCCGUUACUAUGGCAACAUCAGCCGGUUCAUCAACCACCUAUGUGACCCCAACAUCAUCCCUGUCCGGGUCUUCAUGCUGCACCAAGACCUGCGGUUUCCACGCAUCGCCUUCUUCAGUUCCCGGGACAUCCGCACCGGGGAGGAGCUGGGGUUUGACUAUGGCGACCGCUUCUGGGACAUCAAAAGCAAAUAUUUCACCUGCCAGUGUGGCUCGGAGAAGUGCAAGCACUCGGCCGAGGCCAUUGCCCUAGAGCAGAGCCGCCUGGCCCGCCUGGAGCCCCACUCUGAGCUGCUGCCUGAGCUGGGCUCCCUGCCCCCUGUCAACCCCUGAGAGUGGACCCCCCCCCCCCCCCCCAGCUCAGCAGCUGCCGCUCACGUGCUGCUCCCACCCACACCGCGCUGGGCACUGCCGCCUCUCCCACUCGCCCUUCACACAUUCCGGCCAGAGACCCCAGCCAGGCCCUGGAGGUCUGACAGCCCCUCGCCCAGGGCUGGUUCCUCCCUGGGGGGACUUCAGGGCUGGCCGCCCGUCCCAUCCUCAGCUGAUGUUUGAUGAACUGAAAUGAGCCUCUGUGCCAGCUGGUGUCUUGGUUCUCAAUAAACGUUGGGUUUGGUAA